AUGGAAGCCGUGGAGGCAGUCCUGGUGGCGUCCGCCGUCUGCAGCGGGUGGCGCGAGGUGAUAAUCAAAGAGAACGCACUGUGGAAACGCCUGACUUUGGCACGGUGGCGCGUGUGGCAAGACCUCACGUGGCGAACACGGAGGGGCACGAACUGGCGCGCUGUGCACUUCCAGAGAGUGCGACGGGACAAGGAGGUGCGCACGCAAUAG